GGAUGAUGUAAAUUCACACUUGUAGUGCGCUCUGCCCAAGCGAUCUGUCCUGCCUGUAAUACCGUUCCUGAAGACUGGAGUGUGUAUUCACGACCAGUAAACGCACACCAGACCAGUACUGUUGCUACAGCUUCAGUCUACACAACGGAUACCAUUCGGUUGGGGUUCAAGACUGGGCAUUUUUGGAUCUGAAGAUAUUCUCUAUUGGAAUAUAUUCUGACUUUUCAGUCUGCUUUUCUAGCGAGGAUAUUUAUUUGUUAGUUUUUUUCUUUCCUUUUGUGUGUGUGUGUUGAUUCAAGAGGAAUUAAAGGAGGCCACAACGUGAUCCAACGAGCAGGGGUCUGACCGUAAGGGAACUGCUGCAACCAACGAUCCGUCCAUUGUCCUGUCGUCCGUUGGUCUCCUGAGGAGUAGCUGAGGGGGGGGGGGACGUACCACUCUGUUACCAAAAUACCUUGGAUUAAUGUAUGGCACAGGCUCACGGUGGGAGAACGUGAUUCUGGGUUUCCUGCAGGGCUGGAGUACAUAACUGAUACAGGCCUGGAGUGAGCCUGUACUAUCAGGAUUGGUGUUGGCAUGGCUCAGUCCACCUUUUGGACCUUCUCUUCAUCAUGACUGGUCUGCUUGACCACAGACCCUGAGGAGAGCCUGUAACCGUCAGAGGUAGUGAGCCCCCUUUUUCUCCAGAGGAUUUUUCCUAAGAGGACGGGGCCUCCAUGUAACACAAAGAGAUCUAAGUUGGACGAUACAAAGACUCUACAACUACUACUACAAAAAAAAUACAACAACAAAAAACCAGGAAAACUCAGGCUUGCUUUGGAGAGGAAAAGCCUGCAGCUUUGUCUGAGUUUGAGUGGAGAUGCUUUUUCUACCAGCUUAUUUUCCAUGGCAAAGACUUUGAUGACUUGAGCAGCUGACAAAACAAGAGGAGGGUCAGAUAAAAAAAAAAACAGAUCAGUUUAAGUUCAAACACACUAACCAAGGGUAUAACCAAACACCUUCUUUCUCUUACUACACUAAUAAACUUAACCUUUCUGAAAAGGACUUAAUAGGAAAGAUUUCAACGUAAAUCUCGAUUGGAUCUGCUGGAUUGGGAAAGGAUUCUUCGGUGGCUGGUUAUCGAUUCUUUUAAAUCAGGGAGGAGACGCCACAACCUCAAAACAAGAUGGCCGCCCAAUGCAAGAACUUCCUGCUCUUCUUGACCAGGCUAGGACUACUCCUGGGUCUGGCUAACCCUCUGGUGACCUCUGCCUCCUGCCCCUCGGCCUGCCGGUGUGAUGGGACCUUCAUCUACUGUAAUGAUCGAGGCCUCACCUCUAUCCCUACCGGCAUUCCGCUGGAUGCUACUAUUCUCUUCCUCCAAAACAACAGGAUCAAGAGCGCCGGCAUCCCCACCGAUCUGAAGAGGCUAAGCAACGUUGAGAAAAUCUAUCUGUACUGCAAUAAUCUGGAUGAGUUCCCCCAAAACCUGCCGAAAGGGGUCAAAGAGCUGCAUCUACAGGAGAAUAAUAUCCGCAUGAUUACGCAUGCGUCGCUGGGUCAGAUCCCGGUGAUUGAGGAGCUACACCUGGAUGAUAACUCCGUCUCGGCGGUUAGCAUCGAGGAGGGAGCGUUCAGGGACAGUAACCACCUGAGACUACUCUUUCUCUCCAGGAACCAUCUGAGCACCAUCCCGUCCGGCCUUCCGCAGACCAUCGAGGAGCUGCGCUUCGACGACAACCGCAUCUCGUCAAUAUCAGAGGCAUCCCUGCAGGACCUGAUCAAUCUAAAGAGACUCGUCCUGGACGGGAACCUGCUCAACAACCGCGGCAUCGGCGAGAUGGCCUUCAUCAACCUGAUUAAUCUCACCGAGCUCUCCCUGGUGAGAAACACCCUAACGUCGCCACCGGCUAACUUACCAGGAACCAGUUUGGAGAAACUGCAGCUCCAAGACAACCACAUAAACCGGGUACCGGCCGGGGCCUUCGCUUUCCUCAGGCAGCUGUAUCGGUUGGAUCUAUCAGGCAACAACCUGAGCAGUCUGCCUCACGGAGUGUUCGAAGACCUGGAUAACCUCACGCAGCUCCUACUCCGUAACAACCCGUGGCAGUGUACUUGCCGGAUGAAGUGGGUGAGAGAUUGGUUAAGGUCGCUGCCGACAAAAGUCAACGUCCGAGGGUUUAUGUGCCAGGGACCAGACAAGGUCAAGGGCAUGGCUAUUAAGGAUUUGUCCAUGGACUUGUUUGACUGUGGAGGAUCUGACUUGGGCAGGGGCCAGGGGGACCCUACCGAGACCAGCACUGUCUCUAACACCUUAUUGCCCUCACAACCCCAAUGGCCCUCCUUUGUGACCAAAAGACCAGUGGUGAGAAUGCCUGACCGGAAUAAGAACUACCGCAGUACUACGACACCGUCAGGAAGAAAGAUCAUCAGGAUCAGUGUGAAGUCGAGCAGUGCAGAGACAGUGCACAUCUCCUGGAGGGUUUCUGUACCCUUGACUGCCAUGAGGCUCAGCUGGUUAAAACUGGGCCACAACCCUUCGUUCGGUUCCAUCACGGAGACUAUCGUACAGGGCGAGAAGAAGGAGUACCUCCUAACAGCUCUAGAACCGGAAUCCUCGUACAGGAUAUGCAUGGUUCCCAUGGAGACCAGUAACAUUUACUUGACGGACGAGACACCAGUUUGCAUUGAGACAGAGACCAGUUCUCUGAAGGCUUACAAACCCACCACCACACUGAACCGCGAGCAGGAAAAGGAGCCUUACAACAAUUCCAGUCUGCCUUUAGCCGCGAUCAUCGGAGGGGCCGUGGCUCUGUUGGCAAUAAUAAUGCUGGCGUUUGUGUGCUGGUACGUGCACAGGAACAGUUCACUGUUUUCCAGGAAUUGCACCUACAACAAGGGCCGUCGGAGGAAGGACGAUUACGCCGAGGCGGGGACGAAAAAGGAUAACUCAAUCUUGGAGAUACGAGAGGCCUCUUUUCAGAUGAUCCCUAUACACCCCGUGCCCGUGUCCAAAGAGGAGUUUGUGAUACAUACGAUUUUCCCUCCGAACGGAUUGAGUCUGUACAAAAGCCCGCACAGCGAGACCAGUAUUAGCAACAGGAGCUACAGAGACAGCGGAAUACCAGAUUCAGACCACUCCCAUUCAUGAUAUUGAUAACGCGGGACAUUUCGUUAUAAAUGAGUGCGUUCGUUGAUGACAUGAAACUAAAGUGGCUAAAAGACUUUGUUAUAAUACACUGGAUCUACAAGACUGAGUGGGGAAUCAAUGUUCUUCUGUACAUUUGCCCAUAUAAUUUAUAUUUAAGGACAUUUUAUGACAAAGAGGAGAAGAAAUGUGGUUCACAUUGCAGAUAGUAGGGCCAUCACUGAGCCGCAGGUCAGUGUAUAUUGUAACUAAAACUGCAAUUCUAUAUUUUAGGGGUUGGUAGUAAUUUGUAACUGUAUUUUUUUUUUGGCUUACGGUUACCCUAACAACCAACUAUAAAAAAAAACUCUGUUCCACUGAGAUAUAAUGACUUGUCAACUGUGAAAGUGGGUUUUCAUUGCUGUGUUGAACAAUCAGACUUUAGAGAACCUUGUAGAAUAAAGCACAGGUCAUUCUUUACACUUGUUUUGUGAAUGUUCGGUAAAAACCAAAAGGCAAAAAAAAAAAAAAAAAAAAAAUGACAUGAUGAUCGAAACUAGGGCCCAGCUCAUUAACUGAGAAGAACCAGGGCGAAGCCGCUAGACAGUCGUUCUCUGAGGAGAGACAAGCAGAGAGCAGUCUCCUACAUGUAUCUGACUAUCUCUGGAAGCAUGACUAGAUAUGGAGCUGUCCUGCUUUACUUCUCUGCUUGUCUCGCCUCAGAGAACGUUUAGUUCCUCUGUUUGGAAAAAACACAGAAACACCGAGAGAGCCGAUCGCAACAGACGCCCAGGCGGGCACGGCUCCUGUGUGUGUGUGUGUGUGUGUGUGUGUGUGUGUGUGUGUGUGUGUGUGUGUGUGUGUGUGUGUGUGUGUGUGUGUGUGUGUGUGUGUGCGUGCGUCUGAUGUGUGUCAGGCAGGCCACAGCACAGGGCAGAUGAAGCACACAGACCUUUAGGACAAUUACCCAGGAUGAGAUUAACCCAUGCAGGGUGGCCAGGCUGACAACAGAGAUGACAUAAAGAACCCCAACUAUAUCUAUUUGUUCUAGCCAACAAAAAAGGCUAAACUACAAUGGAUGACAUUCUCCAGUACCCUGUACCAUACGUCAUCUAAACGUUGCCCUCAAACAUAGCUUAGAUAUAAACCGGUCCGUGAAAAAGGUUCUAUAAAUAAACAACACAUUGGCUUUCUUUUGAAUACAAACUGAGCAUCACCGAUUUCCUUGUUUAUGAUUAGUCCCCCCCCCCCCAGAUUGACUACUUCUAUGUUGCCACAAUUUCAAAGUUGAAAUGUUCUUUAUAAAGUAGAUUUGUUCUUUACAAAGUUGAAUUGUUCUUUAUAAAGUAGAUUUGUUCUUUACAAAGUUUAAUUGUUCUUUACAAAGUUGCUCAGGGAUUCUUGAAACAAUUGUCCUGUCUUUCGAGAAUCCCUGAACUGAAAACCAAAGUGCGUUGAAUGCCCUUUGGCCAGUCGUGUAUGUGCCUUGAUCCAAUGCUUAUUGUAUUUAGCUUUCUAAGAAAUCACUGACUUUUUUUGGGUCAUUCACACUUGAAUAUGAGAAAAUAUUGCAGAAUAAAAGCGGAUAAAAAUA